GGCUGACUGAAUACGGUCACGUCACUGUUUUUCUCAUUCAACAGCAAGCACAAGUCAACGUCAUCUUAAAAAAUUAAUAGGGUGUAAUGUUUUGUAAAAUAUUAUUUUAGUUUUUAGGAACAUAACAGCAACAGACCUUUCACAGUCUCUAAAAUGGUGCUCAUAGCAGCGGCGGUCUGCACUAAGGCCGGUAAAACCAUAGUCUCUCGGCAGUUUGUUGAGAUGACCAAAGCCCGCAUUGAGGGUCUCCUGGCGGCUUUCCCCAAACUUAUCCCAACAGGAACACAACACACCUUUGUAGAGACCGACUCGGUCCGAUAUGUAUAUCAGCCACUUGAGCGCCUUUACAUGCUCCUGAUUACCACAAGAGCUAGCAACAUUUUGGAAGAUUUAGAAACUCUGAGGUUGUUUGCGAAAGUGAUUCCCGAAUAUUGCCGCUCAUUGGAAGAAAAUGAAAUUGCGGAAAACGCAUUUUCCCUCAUUUUUGCGUUUGAUGAGAUUGUUGCUCUUGGGUACAGGGAAAGCGUCAAUUUGAGCCAAAUUCGCACAUUUGUCGAGAUGGAUUCACACGAAGAGCGGGUCUAUCAGGCCGUCAGACAGACACAAGAACGCGAAGCUAAAAACAAAAUGCGUGAGAAAGCUAAAGAAUUGCAACGCCAGCGAAUGGAAGCCAACAAAAAGGGCGUCAAACCAUCAUUUGGUAGCAGUGGAGGCUUUGGUAGCUCAUCUGGUUAUACUCCAGCCCCUUCAGUCGGCGAUGUUGCCAAUAUUUCAAACGAUAUCAAACCACCAGCUUAUUCCUCCGCUCCUCAGAAACCUUCGACUCGAGGAAUGAAACUGGGUGGCAAAGGCCACGACGUUGAGUCUUUCGUAGACCAGCUUAAAUCCGAAGGCGAAAAUGUCAUUGCACCAGUUAAUAACAGUAUUUCACAAGGGGGAAUGAAAACACCAGCGAUCAAGUCCGAUAUUAAUGAUGUUCACUUGAGACUGGAGGAAAAACUAAUCGUUCGAAUGGGCCGUGACGGCGGUGUGCAACAAUUCGAGUUGUUGGGGUUGGUGACACUGCACAUUGGGGACGAAAAGUGGGGGCGAAUUCGUGUCCAGUUGGAAAAUAAAGACACGCGUGGCAUCCAGCUCCAAACUCACCCCAAUGUAGACAAGGAACUUUUCAAACUGCGUUCCCAAAUUGGGCUCAAACAACCAUCCAAACCAUUCCCGUUGCACACAGACGUCGGUGUCCUGAAAUGGCGAUUGCAAAGCACAGAUGAGAGUUUAGUGCCUCUCUUGAUCAACUGUUGGCCGUCGGAAGUGGGCGAUGGCAGUUGCGACAUCAAUAUCGAGUACGAACUUGCCGAUCCGAAUUUAGAGCUGGCUGAUGUCAAUAUUUUGAUUCCGUUACCGAUGGGUUGUAACCCGGUUGUGGGCGAAUGUGAUGGCUCAUACACGCAUGAGUCAAGACGUAACCAGCUAAUAUGGAAUCUACCUAUUAUAGAUUCAAGCAAUAAAACUGGAUCGUUGGAAUUUAGUGCGCCCCGAUCUAUUCCUAACGACUUUUUCCCGGUGACAGUUUCUUUUAGUUCGAAAUCUGCUUACGCAAAUAUUAAGAUUCUUGAUGUAUUAAUGGUGGACGAUGAUUCUCCUGUUAAGUAUUCUGUUGAAACUAGCUUGUUUCCCGACAAAUAUGAGAUAGUGUAAGUGUCACAGUAGGUUACGAUAGUUAAUGAAAUUAUAUAAUAAUAAAAUUCACUUGUAUAAAUACUACUAAUAUUUUAUUCGUUCUUGCUUUUUGUACAAAAUUUUAAGAAGUUUGUUUUAAUUUUUAUCUAUUAUAUAAAUAAAAUAAGUCAGGAGUAUAUUUAUAA